AGCGGGCCAAACUCGAAGAUUCCAUUCUAUGCUCAAGAUGCCAAGACCUCAGAAUCUGGUCCGAGGCAUGCAAGUUUGAAGACACACUCGCCGGCUUGGAGCUUUCAUCAACGUCAUGCGAGCUUUGCCGCCUCCUCCAUCUUGCAAUGUCCAGACGGGCGGCGCGUCGUGGUGAACGCAUCACGUUCACGCGCACUGGCUCGGAUCUGACGUUUGAAAAAAGACACUGGGAUCCCAUUUUGACACUCUGUCGUUCAGCUGAUUCACAGGCUUUAAAGCGCAACGGAGUCAAGCUCGGAAUUCCAUUCUCACUCGUACCGGGAGAUAAGACUCAUGCAAGCAUCCUCGCCGAAUGGAUUAAAAGCUGCGAUCGUGCGCAUCACUUCUCAGUCGGUGAAACUUUCAUCCCCAAUAGGCUUCUACUCGUUGGCGAUUCAAACUCCACUUGUGUUCAACUGGUAUCCAACCUCGCAAAGGACGCCCUUCCCGUGGUGUACGUUGCUCUGUCACAUCGCUGGGGAACAGCCUCAAAUGUCGAGGACAAAUUCACCACAACGACCACUGAAAACAUCCGCUUGAUAGAAGCACCGGAAGGGGUAGAGGAUGUUUCUCUGCCCAAGACAUUUCAGGACGCAGUGAUCAUCACCAGGCAACUAGGAGUGAAGUAUCUCUGGAUCGACUCCCUAUGCAUCCUUCAGAGUCGUGGUCCGGAACAUGAUUCUGCCUCAAAGGCUGACUGGGAGAGAGAGUCGGAGCUUAUGGAAGAAAUAUUCGGCUCCGCCUAUGUCACCAUUGCCGCUAGCUGCGCCAGCCACCGAUUCGAAGGCUUCCUAAAACCGCGCGUAGAUCGAAAGUUUGUUACAAUGAGAGCGGAAGAUGGCGCGCAAUUCCAUGUCUGUGAAAACAUUGACAAAUUCGAGACCGACGUGGAAGAAGGGGACCUGAACCAAAGGGGCUGGGUAUUGCAAGAGCGUGCUCUUUCGAGGAGGACUCUUCAUUUCACGAGCAGCCAAACUUACUGGGAAUGCGGAGAAGGCAUUCGAUGCGAGACAUUCGCGAAGACAUUCAAUCGAAAAGCGGCCUUCCUCGGGGACUCCAACUUCCCUCACUCUGUCGAGUCUUUCAAGCAAGGGAGGCAGCUGCAGCACUAUCAUGACCUUUACGAGCGUUACUCGUCUCUGGGUCUGUCAUAUCUGACCGACAAACCCAGAGCCAUUGCAGGUCUCGAAAAGAGACUGAUGACGGCACUGAAGUCGAUUGGGGGUUACGGAGUAUUCCAGUCAAACUUCCACAGAGAUCUCUUAUGGCAGCGUCGAAACAAUGGGAAAACCUUGAGGCGAAUCAAUUUUCCUCCCGAAGAACGAAUUCCUUCUUGGUCGUGGAUGGCCUUUGAUGGAGAAAUAAGUUAUAUGAAUGUUGCUCUUGGCGACCUCGAGAGGACCGAGGGCAUCUCAUCACCGUUCCAAAGGUCGUCGCAAGCCAUCUCACAUACGACUUUGCACGCCUCGGAGAAGGCAUACCUACAAGCACCAGUCCGCACACUGAUGAGAGACAACCCAGCGGGGAUGAUCUUGGACGAGCCAAAUCGGGUUUUGCCUCGGCCGCUCAUGUGUGUCAUUGUUGGUUCGAACAAGCAGCACAGGGGGAGGCCGCUGCGACACUAUGCUCUCAUUGUUACACCAGUUGAAGGAUUAGAGGAGGAAAAGGUGGUAGAGAGGGUAGGAGUGGCCUAUCUGUCUGUAAAGGAUGUCUCGAUUGAAGAUGACGCCGAGUUUGUGAACGUCCAGUAGCUGUCUGUUGACUCAGCCUUGUACCUCGAUACGACUGACUCAGUUACUUAUUCAACAAUUCCAGACGGUAACUUCGAGCAUGCUCUGGUUUAUAGCUAGUAACGGAACAGGGGUAGUCAUGUCGCCAGAAAGUCGUGUCUUGAUCUUGGGUACAAGGUUGUCAUUGUUCUUUGUCGUUUAUUUGGCGUCUGUACUAGGAUAAAAACAAGCAUAGUUUUGAAGUCGUUGGGACGUCAUGAUUAGGGCAACUA